AUUCAACAUCCGACAUCCAUUUGUGUAUCCUUGAAGCUGCGACUUAACUUUGCGACUUUGAAUUCAGAAGCGAAACCUAUCAUUCAUCAUUCAUCAGCCCAAAAUGAGCAGGCUACUAUCGCCACCGUCCGAGGAGGAUCGUCCCGCAUUCAUUUCCGGCGAGUUCGUCCACAUGCAAGACCCCAUUCGCACCGCGGCGAUCCAUAAGAAAAUACCAGAAAUCCGUGUGCCAGAGGGUCCGCUGCCUUCUAGCAACUAUGACCCAAGAUCAUGCAAACCCAUAGAUAUCCAGGCAUAUCGUCCGCAGAUACAGCAACUACGAAAAGAAUAUCCUACGACAAAAGCAAAUAUCAAGGCGCAAGAAGAAGCUGCGCGGCAAGUGAGGCGAAAAUUGCAGGAAAUCGAUGAUAAGAUACGACAGGUGACGAAGGAGAAAAAUAAAAAGAAGAAGGAGUGGGACAUGGAAUACAAGGUGCUUUCGAAAUAUCAAGCCAACAAACCACCGAAAUAGUGCCGCCGUGAACAUCCGCGCUCUUAUCAUGAUGCUGGUUACAAUCAUGAUAUCGCAAUAUCGAUAAAAUCCUGGAUUCCGUCAAGAUCACACUAUUUAUGCCAUAUAUGCUACGAUCUCUAUGAGACGUGAUGCAUCUCACAGCCUACAAUCUGUCAAGGCGCAUCCAUCCCAACAGAUGAGGUGUGGUAACAUAUCGGAA